AUGUCGAAAAGGCCCAUUGCCUCCAUUUCCACAGCCCAGGCGGCGGAUCGUGAAGCGCCUAGCGAUGCGUCCGACAACGCGCACAAGAAUCCGCGGCCCAUGUCGAGCUCCCACGCUCCGCCUCACACAUCCUCGGCAAAGCGACGAGUAACAUCGUGCGCUGCGUGCCGCAAGCAAAAGGUCUGGCCGCACAUGUUUCCUCUACAACUUGCCGUCCUGGGGAGAGACUUGAGCAGAGUCCAUGCGACGCUGGAGACGGUGUGCCAGCAGCUCGGAGUAGAGUUGCCAAAACCCCUAGAGUUGGCGGCCCUCAGCAGCGUUGGCGCCGGGCCGGGAAUGCAAGAUGGUGAUUUAGACGACGGCGAAGAUGGACUGUACGAGCCGUCACAGCACAACUCUCCAUCCGCGGUGCCUGCUCCCAUCGACGCCUAUCUCACCAAACCCGAGUCUGAACCUAGUGCCCCGGGUCCUGCCACUGCCUCGGCUUCACGCUCGUACAAGAAACCGGACAUCAUUAGCAAAGGACUGAUAACGAUUGAGGAUGCCGAGGUACUGGUCAACCACUACUUUGUUGAAAUGGAUCCUAUUCUGUAUGGAUUCGUCAACACGCACAGCACAACCCAUGGUGUCAGAGACGGGUCUCCGGCACUGAUCGCGGCCAUCUGCACCGUCUCUUCUCUGCACCUAGUAGACUACGGCCAUUUAUUCGAGACGUGCUACCGCGAAUACAGACACAUCAUAGCCACCACUCUAUUCGAGCGACAGGACGUCGAGCACAUCCGCGCCUUGUUAGUCGGCUCGUUUUGGCUCCCCGGCGCGUCGAGGAUUCUCCUCUGUGACGCCGUCAGGCGCGCCGGCGACGUCAGGCUCCAUCGGCACAUCUUCAAAGCCAUCAAUGGGCUAUCCAAAACGUCUCCGAGCCUCCAUCACGGCAGCGCCGAUCAGAACCAAUCCCGCGACUGUGUCAGGUUAUGGUAUGGCAUAUUCAUGAGCGACCAGCACCAGGCCAUCCUCAACAACAGAGAAAGUCUACUCCCGCUGCAUAUAGACGUGCUCGAAAAACGAGGAGAGUACAUGGAAAACGAAGCAUGCACCAGCCAUGACCUGCGCCUGGUUGCGCAGUCCUCGUUACUGCUGGCCAUGGCGAGGAUAAAGUCGACUCUUGGGUCCGAGUACCCUACGCCUGUUCCGGAGUCUCGAGCUGCCGAGUUUGUCAACUUUUCUGCCGAGCUGGAUGCGUGGAUUGACGAAUUCCGCCCCAAAUUCCAGCCGAGUCCUGAAAUGGGCAAAUUCCCGCCAUUGGCAUUCCAGCUCCAUUACCUCUUUGGCAAGCUGUACCUCGGACACCACGUGUUCCGCGGCUUGCAAGGAAGAAUGAUUCCAGAGGCACUCCUCGAGGCCGCCCGAAUGGCAUACGAUGCGGCCGUAGCCAUCUUCCGGAUGAUCCUGGAUGCUGACGGCCUUCUAUGUAAUCUCUGGAGGGUACCUGGCUACAUUCACAUCAUGAUUUCAUUUGCAGGCCACUUGCUUCUCGAACUAUGCAUCAAACACCGCGACCAGCUCGAGAUUAACGUCGAGCAAGACUACCGCACGUUGAACGCCGUCGUCUCGGCAUUGACCAACAUUCGUCUCAAUCCUGCACACCCGCUUCGUCGGGUCGCCAGUGGCCUGCAAAAACGACUCUUUGAGUUUGCCGCCCAAUACGGAAAGCAGAGCUUGAUUGACAACGGCACCGACUGGCCUCGUCAGCAUGGAAAAGAGGCCACCAGCAUGACGGCAUCGGCCUCUGCAGGGGGUGGUGCGCAAGAAACCACAGGACCGCUCUUUGAAAUGGGCGCCACGGGUAUGCCCGACGACUUUUUCCUUACAGACUUUAGCGACUUUACGUUUCAGGAUCCUUGCGUGGAUUUUAUGGGGGUGUAG